UGAACAGUGGUCUUCCGUUGUCUGUUGGCUCUGCGAAAUGGCGGUGCCCGGGCGGCGCCGGUUGCUGUGGCAUGGCCGGUGCUGGUUCUCGCAGGCCGAGUCCGCUGCUGUCCCGCAGCCCCCCGAUUCGCUCUACCCCCCCAUAGUGGCUUCCGCCACGUCGAACAGCAAGGCUUCUAAGCGGCGGCGCCUGGAGCACUUCAAGCAACGGGUGCACGCGGCGGCCUCGGUCGAGGAGAAGCUGCGGGUAUACGGGCUGCUGCAGCGGCCCAAGUACAUGGUCUACCCGCAGACCUUCGCCCUCAACGCCGAUCGCUGGUACCAGAGCUUCACCAAGACUGUCUUCGUGCCGGGGCUGCCCCCUAGAGCGCCGCCAGCAGCCGUGAAAGCCCCGGGAGCGGUGGCCCUGGAGGCCGCGAAAGCCCCGGAGGUAGCGGCGGGAGCGGCAGCCGGGGCCGCCGGAGCCCCGGCGCCGGGAACGGAGGCCCCAGAGGCUGCGAAAACCCUGAACCCUGCGGCGGGAGCGACGCCGAGCCUGGAUAUUGUCGAGCUGCGCUCCCUCGCCUGCGACGCCCUCCUUCAGGAGAGCUUCUACCAAAAUAAGAAGCGGCCGUUCCUGUACCGCGAUCAGGAUCAUACGCCUGGCCCUUUCCUAACGCAGCUCGUGUCCACCCUCGCCGCCUUCCUGUCCUGUCGCAAUCCGCUGCUGGCUGCCUCUUCCCUCGAUUUAAAACCUGAAGUUAACUAUUACUGGCAUCAUGGUGAGGAAGUUGUUGAUCGUGGACACCGAAAGGGUAGAAUUGAUCCUGUGAGAUUUCAGAUAGAUGAUAAACCACAUCUCCAGAUACGCGUACCAAAGCAACUUCCAGAGGUUGUACCGCUAGAGGCAAAUCUUGGAGAUGUUCCUGUUAUUGAUCACAAACCAUCCAAACUGCCGUUGUUCAAAAGGCAGUAUGAAAACAAGGUGUUCAUAGGAUCAAAGGUAGCAGAUCCAUGCUGUUAUGGACAUACCCAGUUUCAUGUUAUUCCUGAUAAACUAAAGCGGGAGGGGUUUAUAAAAGCGCGUCUUGAGGAUCAGAUUGAAGUUGUUUAUCGAGCUAAUGGUAUUGCAAGUCUCUUUGCCUGGACAGCAGCACAGGCAAUGUAUCAAGGGUUCUGGAAUGAAGCAGAUGUGACCCGUCCUUUUGUAUCUCAGGCUGUAGUGACUGAUGGAAAAUACUUUGCUUUCUUUUGUUACCAGCUAAAUACUUUAGCACUAACUGUAGAAACUAUUGAAAAUAACCCUCGGAAGAAUAUUUGUUGGGGUACAGACAGUAAGCCAUUGUAUGAUGUUGUGGAAGAUGGGAGUGUGAAAGGCUUUAAUGAUGAAGUUCUGCUUCAUUUGGUCCGUUUUCUGUUGAACAGACCAAAAGAGUUGUAAAUCAUUAAACAAUAUGGUAUUCCUGUUUGCGUGCCUGAACUUCAGUGUAACUCCACGAAUUAUGGGAUAGGAUAUGCUUUAGUUUUAGUUUAAGCAAACACUAUAUACUUGAGCUUUAUUUUUAAUGUGUAAUACUGUACACUGAAAAAUAAAUGUCUAGAAUACCUCAA